GCUUAAUUACACACUGAGUCACGUUUUAUCGUACUUUCUUUACUUUACUUUAUAAAGCCAUUUUGUCCCAGACAUUCUCAGUGACAGUCUGCUGCUAACAAGUUGGUUGGAUAUCCUCUAAUGUGAACAGUCAAUGGUAGGAAGUCCAUGAUAUUUUCAUCCACCAAAGCAAAAUGAAGGGCCUGAGCAGAUCAGAGACAUGUUUUGAUGACGUCUCAUCCUCACACAGUGAAGAUUUCAACAGGGCGCAUGGCAAGGAGACUCUUUGUAAAAGCCAAGCUGACGACAGCUCUGAGGACCUGAGCGACUCCCCUUAUAUAUCGAGUAGUUUUUCAGCCGGGCAGAAGGACAAGGACGUAACGGAGAAGUCAAAGAAAAGCGUCUUCCUGAAACCUUGGGCUGGUCUGCUUAAGAAAUGGAGAAAGGCUGAUACUGAAUCACAUUCGUCCUACAUAGUGGGCAUUAAAAUACUGCCCAACGGGACACAGUGUAGUCCACCUGUUACUCCACUGCCAGACAGAAAACAUUGGGAUAGUCCCCAGGAUGAUGACCUCAAACCAAAUUUGGCCUCUGACUCAACGGGAUGCAUGUACGAUACUCUUGUUGAAUCAGAACUGACCAGUAUCCACCCUGCCGAGUAUUAUGCUGAGAAGCUAGAGGUAUACAAGUUAAAAUACUCCUAUUUAAAAUCUUGGCCUGGUCUUUUAAGACUGCUCGCUGGCCUUGAACUUCUAUUCGGAGGGAUGGUUUUUGCCUGUGUUUGUGCUUAUAUUCAGAGAGACAGUGAAUGGUCAAACCUUUACAGGCCAUUGGGUGAUAUGCAAGGUUACCGAUACAAUGGACCCAUGACACCCUUCGUGUUGGUAGUCGUUGGACUGGCAUGGAUGUUGACCAUGAUUCUUUUGGUUUUGGGGCUAACAAUGUAUUACCGAACUAUCUUGCUGGAUUCCAGAUGGUGGCCACUUACGGAGGCCAUCAUGAAUCUUGUCAUUUUUCUCUUGUACAUGUCGGCCGGUAUCGUUUAUGUGAAUGAUCUGAAUCGCGGUGGACUUUGCUUCAUGACCAUCGGCGUCAACCCCAUCCUGUCUAACCUCUGUCGUGUACAGGGGGGUCAGAUGGCUGGAACAGCAUUUAUAUUCAUCAACAUGCUCAUGUACUUGAUAAGUUUCCUGGUGUGUCUUAGAAUGUGGAGGCAUGAAGCUGCCCGUCGAGAGAGGGAGGCUGUGACAAGCCGAACAAACAACCAGGGAAACCGACAGUUACAGCACCAGUCUCUGGAAUUUACAUCCAAUAUGGGCAGUUCCUCAAGAUCCAAGAAAAUUUCAUUUAAAGAUGAAAUGAAUCAAAGCUUUCUGAAAGAGAGCAAGCUGCCCGAUGCCUUGGAGAGAACACAAGCGCGGGAGAUUUUAACUGGAGCUAUUCCAAUAGGACACAUCCCUAAACCCAAAGUCAUCGCUGACUAUAUCAUAAAGUAUCCUGAAAUCCAUUCAGUGGAAGACAGAGAGAAAUACAAAGCGGUCUUCAAUGACCAGUACCAAGAGUACAAAGAACUACACAGAGAGAUCACAGUCACUUUAAUGAAGUUUCAAGAAUUGGACAACACAAUGAGUCAACUCCUCAAGAACCCGAGCAACACUGCGGAGCGUAAGAGGAUCAAAAGCUUAUUGAAAACGUAUGAAGAAAAAAAGAAUGAUCCAUACUUUCUGGAGAAGAAGGAACGGUGUGAAUAUCUGAAAGCGAAACUAAGCCACAUCAAGAUGAGGAUUCGUAAUUUUGACCAGAAUUUCUCUUCAAAGGACAGAAAUAUUCUCGGUUGAAUCAUGUAUGACAGCCCACCACAAUACAGCCCACACUACAUCGCCCCAUCAAACAUCUACACAUCCAGAAGUUUCUACUCUCAAAGGAGCGAGUAUGGCUUAUACUCUCCAGUGCCUGACGCUCCUCAGGGGGAAGGAAACCCUCAGCACUUCUACAGAUGGUUCUCACCCCCCGGCAUCGUGAAAACUAUGGAGGGAUUGACUGCACUGCUCUGUUUUGUUAUUUUCGCCUGUGUCGCAUCCACUCUAGUUUGGGACAUGCACGGCUUCGAGGGCAGCCUGGGGGUUUACGUUGCUGGAUCCGGGGGCUUUGGCACGGGCGUUGGAUCGGGGUACUACGGGGGAACUUAUGGCUAUCAAAGCUCUUAUAUGACACCAUAUUCGGCAAAAUCGGCCAUGAUCUCAAUGGCAGCCAUUAAUUUUGUCAUUUCGUUGACCAUCCUAGUGGUCAGUUUUUCUAAGAUACGAUGCGUUCGUGGAAAAACGUUUUAUCUGACAGUUUUGGUGGUGGAUGUGGUUCUAGCUGUUCUUCAGUGUAUAAUAGACAUCAUAUUUGUGAUAGGGGUUAAUCCAACAGCACAAAGUUCACAAAGCGUUUUAUACAAUCCGGUCCUGAUGAUGUGUCAGACGUCAUUAGGGACACCCAGCAUCAGUGCCGGAGUAGGCACAGGCUUCCCCGGUGCAUACCCUUCAUUUAAUCGAUACCUCUAUCACUACUGCUUUAUGGAUCCCGAGGAGGCUGUGGCACUGGUUUGUGGGCUUUUCGUCAUGGUUGCUCUGGUAGUGGCGGCCUGGUUUGCACACAAGACUCGAAGCAAAAUGUGGCGCCAUGGUAAGCCUAAUAUCUACUGGGAGGAGCCACCUAUCCUCAGAACAGUAAGGAGCCAGAACACACAAGACUGGAAAAGCACUCAAUACACCCCCACUGUGGUUUUAUCAGAGAAGGCUACCCCUAAUCUGAAAGCAGAGAACAGCUUUACCUCCUACACUGAAGGAACAGUAAGCGUGCACAGCGAGGGAGCGUACAAAAGCGAUGUAUGUUCUGAGAAUGCAAACGGAUCCUCCCCAGAACCGCUGUACCAGAAUCAAUGGAUGAACUCCAGUCCUGUGGAGGAAUUUGAAGUCCAGAGUACCUUGGCGCAGAAGCCGGACACUUAUGACGUUCAAGAUGUUCUCUGCGAGACAGGUUACACAACCGGAGGAGAAUCAGCGAAUGAAUUAGAAACACAUCAGUUGGAGGACUCUUAUUCAGAAAUAACAACAGAUGAACAGCGCAGACAGUACAAAAAACAGUUCGAUGCAGCCCUCCCUGUGUAUAAGAAUCUGUGUGCAGAGAUGGAUGACACCAGUGACCAAAUGAAUAAACUGAGCCGAGAGUUGGACACCCUUCAUGAAGAGUCCACUAAAUUCCAGGCUGUGGCUGACGAAUAUAAUCGACUUAAGGAUCUAAAGAGGUCUCCAGAAUACCAGACUAAGAAGCACCAGUGUAAGAAACUAAGGCAAGAACUGUUUCAUAUCAAGCAACUGGUCAAAGAUUAUGACAAAGCGCCUAGGAGAGAGAAUGCUUACGCUGCCUAUGAUCAGGAUUUCUUUGUGUAAAACUUAUAUAGCACUUUUUUUCAGCUAAAUGUUAGUGACUUGCUCAGCUUUCUUAAAUGGUUUA